UGAAAAAUAUACAGAUAUGUUUUGCAAGUUUAGUGUAAAGCUAUUUCACAACAGUGUGUCUGCACAAACAACACAUGAUUCUCGUGUGCUCCUAAAAGCUGUUUUUCCCAAGACGAAGAUAAAAGCACGUCAGCAAAUCGUAUAGUUCGCUCAAUCCCAGACCGACUUAUUCCGCAAAGCAAAGUCAUGUUUUGUUCUACUGCAGACAAGGUUUCCCCGUACCCACAUAUGUAUUCCUCAGAGCGAUGCCAUGCCAGCAGACAGCUGAAGAGCGGCAAAGCUGGGACGGAUGCUUUGGCUGCAGAGCCCUGACCAACGGGUGUGUGCAGAGUGGCACGAUGAUGAAACUGUCACUUCAGUUUUGUUUAUCCCCAGGCUGACAGGUGGCAGCGCACUCUGACUUCUGCAUUUAGAGAGGGGGAUUAACUGCAAUAUGGAGAGCUUUCUAACCAAAGGAGCCCAGAGCUGUGCCACGGCUUUAGCACAUGUAACUGCAUGUGAGUGGAUACCAGUGUUUCACUUCUUCUCUGCCUUCUUCAUGCCAAAUCAGAAGGAUUUCACCUCUGCGGUCACCAAACUGCUGGACACCAACCAGCGCCUCUCUCCUUUUCUCCCGCCUCUCGUCGCCGUUCGGCCAGUAGAGACACGGCUGACGGUGUUGUUGAGUUCAUCUCCCCUGGGUUUGUGUAUGCAGGCCUGAGGUCAGCAGGCUUGCAUGAUCUGGUUCAGAAAAAACUGCUGAUGGGACAAAUGUCCUGCUGAACUAAUUAUUAAUAAUUAUCUCACCCUGUUGCACGGACCAGCACUGCUGCUGAGGGGAACGCCAUCCGUGAGCAGUGGAGCGUAUAAGGGGAAAACCUGCGCCUCUGGCAGGCUCUCAAAAAAAUCUCCCUGAUAACGGUUCUCUAAUCAAAACAUACCUGAACUCGAGCACGAGGGCCGAGGGCAGAUUACUCUGCGAAUGUUUGAAUUACUUUCACUGGCUUAUCUGGAAAAAGAAACAGUCAGUUAAUACCCCGUCUCCAAAUCUUUGCCAUGGUCCACACGGCAUUAGGGAAAACGUCUGCGUGAGAAAACCGAGGGCCAAAAAAAACAACCUGCGCCAUUCCUCCAGGUUCACCACUAGGUGUCAGGUUUCUCUCAUCGUUCUCUUGUUGGAUCAACUCAAAACCUGCGGCGGCUUCAUCUUCGGAUCCUUUAUCUGGGACCAAAUCAAGUGAAAAAUGGACUGUCUGAGGGAGCUUCAAUAAUUACCCAGGGCACUACAUGGCUUUUUAACUAAUGCAUCAUUAACUUAUCUCUUUGUGUUAUUGAUUAACUGUGUUGUCUCGAGUUAAUCACCAGAGGAACAGGCGCUCCCCUCCACACUUUCAGGUCUGAGAGUGUAUUUAAAGAUGAUUUAUUCCCCGGCUUGAUGCUUUGCUUGACAAGGCCCGUGCAAAAGCCGUUUAACACCAGGUGGACUUGCUGGUGUGCUUCGGAUCAUCAUCCUGCUGUGUUUGAACUCAACGUCAAGAUUUUCUGUUCCAGAGCAGGUCCCAAUGAAGCAAAGCAGCCUCGGACCAUCAAACCACCACCACCAUAUUUGACCGCUUGAGAUGCAGCCCACACUCAUGCUGGAGGAGGACAGGGAGUCCGGCAUCGGAUCCACCCUUGACCUCACUGGCAGCUCUGAGCGCCACAGAGAACGUCCGAAUCGACUCCUCCCUGAAUUGUCGGUAAAGAUGUCUGACAGAGUCCACGGAGAAGAAGAAAGCUCUCCGCACGCUGCAGCUGUGAGUCCAGGCAAGAUCAAGCAGCUCCUUAUCAAUCUAUCAAAGAUCCCUCUCCUUUUCAUCCUCCUCUUCCUCUUCAUUUGCUCUUUGGACACCCUGAGCUCUGCCUUCCAGUUAGCAGGGGGUAAAGUGGCAGGGGACAUUUUCCAGGACAACGCGGUGCUGUCCAACCCUGUGGCGGGGCUGGUGGUGGGGAUAUUGGUCACCAUCCUGGUUCAGAGCUCCUCCACCUCCACCUCCAUUGUUGUCAGCCUGGUGGCCUCGGGAGUGUUGGAGGCGAAGUCGGCCGUUCCAAUUAUCAUGGGCUCCAACAUCGGAACCUCCGUCACAAACACCAUUGUGGCCAUGAUGCACGCUGCAGAGAGAAAUGAGUUUCAACGGGCCUUUGCCGGAGCGACGGUCCACGACUGCUUCAACUGGCUGUCGGUCCUGGUGCUGCUGCCUCUGGAGGUGCUGAGUGGGAUCUUCACCCUGCUGUCCAAGAGGCUGGUCGGCAUCUUCAGACUGCAGCCCGGCGAGGAAGCACCAGAACUACUCAAGGUCAUCACGGAGCCAGUCACCAAGCUCAUUAUUCAGCUGGAUAAGUGCGUGAUCACAGGGAUCGCUGUGGGGAACGAGGGCAUGAGGAACCGGAGCCUGGUGAAACAGUGGUGCCGGGCUGACACGGUGUUGUCUGCUGCCAACCAAAGCGUUGAAAACUGUGGUUUCCUUUCUGACUCAUCGUCAUCAACACGUGUCAAGUGUCACCAUUUGUUCACAUCUACACAGCUGUCAGAUCUCACAGUGGGCCUAAUUCUCCUGACAGCCUCCCUCCUCCUCCUCUGCACGUGUCUGCUGCUUUUGGUCAAACUACUCAACUCUCUGCUUCAAGGCCAGGUGGCAAAAGUCAUCCAUAAAGUCAUUAACACGGACCUGCCACAUCCGUUUGGAUGGCUUGCAGGUUAUAUUGCCAUGUUUGUGGGUGCAGGGGUUACAUUUGUGGUCCAGAGUAGCUCUGUUUUCACCUCAGCCAUGACUCCACUAGUAGGAAUUGGUGUCAUCAGUCUGGAGCGGGCCUAUCCUCUCACGCUGGGCUCCAACAUCGGCACCACAGCCACAGCCUUGCUGGCAGCUCUGGCCAGUCCUGGGAACAAACUAGCAGCUUCUAUUCAGAUUGCUCUUUGUCACCUCUUCUUCAAUGUUUUUGGCAUCCUGCUGUGGUAUCCUGUCCCAUUCAUGCGUCUGCCCAUAAGGAUGGCUUAUUUUCUGGGUGAGCGCACUGCCAAAUACCGCUGGUUUGCCGUCCUCUACCUCCUCCUCUGUUUCCUGCUCCUACCGUCCCUUGUGCUCGGCCUCUCGAUGGCUGGCUGGCGGGUGAUGGCUGGAGUUGGGGGUCCUUUUUUGGGUGUCACCAUCUUCAUCGCUGCAGUUAACACGAUGCAGGCUCACAGCCCCCGCCGUCUGCCCACCAAACUUCGGUCCUGGGACUUCCUGCCCAAGUGGAUGCAUUCCCUCAAACCCCUUGACCGCUUGAUCACCAAGGCAACUGUCUGCUGCAGCUUCGCCCGUGAGGCGGGUCGCAACGACGAGGAGGGGGACAAAGAGCGGAUCACACCUCACACGUCGUCUGUCAGAAUGCAGGAUGAGUUUGCUUCGUCUCAGAGGAAAGAAAAGCUGACUUACAAUAACCCAGUUCUGGACUGUUUGGAAGAAAUCAGACCAGGCGUGCCGGUCUUUAAAUUAAAAGGCUUGGAGAGGUGCAACAGUACUCCACUCUAGUUUGACUAAUAAACUUCACUUCGUACUCACCUUUGAAUAUUUCCACAAAAAAUAAUAAUGAAAAAAUAGAAAUGUCAUUUUACUUAAGUCACACAAAAUAUACAUUGGUCAAUAUGAAAUGUUACUUUGUUUCAUUUAUCGUGUAUGC